AUGUGGACAUCAUUCACAAUUGAACUUGUACGAAAUGAAAUGUGUACUGCUGUAAUGCCAGUAGCUAUAUUGUCAGAUAUGUUUGAUGUGAAUACUAUGGAUGUUUGUGAAAAAAUGUUUGAUCAUGUGGAAUCCAAUGUAAAUGUUCUUAAAGAGCCUAAAUUUUUUAUGGCAUGCAAGAACAAUUUACUACGAAUGUGCAAUGAUAUUUUACGUCGUUCAUCUAGAAUACGACAUACAGUCUUUUGUGGGCGUAUAUUAUUAUUUUUGGCAAUAUUUUUUCCUUUUUCUGAACGCUCAGGUCUAAACCUUAUAAGUGAAUUUAAUUUAGAGAAUGCAACUGAAUAUUUGAAAGAAAAUCAUUUUGAUCAAACUGAAUACAAGCCAGAUUCAAUUGCUGAAGAAGAAGCUAAAUCGGAUAUUAUAAUUGAAAAAGUAAAUGUCGAUAAAAAUUUUUAUUUAAAAUUUUGGUCAUUGCAAGAUUACUUUAGGAAUCCUAAUCAAUGUUACAAAACAGAACAUUGGAAAUUGUUUAUCUCUCAUACAGAUUUCAUAAUUUCGAGUUUUCAAAGUCAUAAGUUGGAACAUGUUAACAGAAUGGAUAAUGAAAGUGCUGAACAAAAUAUGCAUUACUUUCCAAAAUAUUUGACAAAUCAAAAAUUAUUAAAAUUGCAAUUAAGUGAUGUAAAUUUUAGGCGUUACAUUCUUAUACAAUUUUUAUUGCUUUUCCAGUAUUUGGAAGCUCCUGUUAAAUUUAAACUAGAUGAUUUCAAGAUUAAACCAGAACAACAAGAAUGGAUUAAAAAUUCUAUUACUACUAUUUAUGAAAUUAUUAAUAAUACACCACCUGAUGGUGUUAAAUUCUCUGAAGUAGUAAAGAAUAUAUUACAGAGAGAAGAACAAUGGAAUAAAUGGAAAAACGAUGGUUGUCCAGAUGUAACAAAAAGAUUACCUACAAGUGAUCAAAGUGAUAUGCCCGCGCCCAAAAGAAGAAAUUUAGGGGAUGUUAUAAAAAAUAUGACUGCUAAUAACAAAGUUUUUCUUGGAGACCCUGAUUUAACCAUGCUAUGGAAUUUAAAGCCAGAUAAUUUAGAAGCUUGCAAAGGACCUGAACGAGAUUUCUUACCAUCAUUUGAUUCAUUUUUCCAGGAAGCAUUUGAGCAAUUGGAUCCAGAAUUUAGUAUUGAAAGUCAAAACAAAAAAGUAAAUGAUGGAAACUUUGGAUGGAAAGCACUAAGACUAUUAGCUCAUAAAAGUCCACAUUUUUUUGCCAAUAAUGAUGAUCCUAUUAAAAAAAUACCUGAAUAUUUAGAAAAUAUGAUCAAAAAAACAAUGAGCAAAGAAAUAAUAUCCAUCAAACAAGGGCCAGAUAAGUAUAUUUCACCACAUAAUGAAUUUAAAAAAGAAUCUGUAAUUGGAUCAGACAAAGUUGAUAUCUCUGAAGAAAUUCAAGAUGAGAAUGAAAACAAAAAUAAUACAGAACCAGAUAAGAUUGAGUUUGUGAAAACAAUAAAAACUACACCUUUAGAUCAAGCCACAUAUUUACUUGAAGUGUGGGUUGAAGAUGCAGAAAAUCACAAGUCUGAAAACCUUAUAUAUAUUCUAGAAGAAAUGCAAUUAAUUGAAGCAGCAAAUAUCCUUAAGUCUUAA